AUGGCCUCCAACCACGUCGCAAUCAUCGGCGCCGGCCUCUCAGGCCUCGCACUAGCUCUCGCCCUGAACAAACAAUCAAUCCCAUGCACAAUCUACGAAUCCCGCCCCGCCUCCCUCGACAUCGGCGGCGCAAUAAUGCUCUCCCCAAACGCCCUCCGCAUCCUCGACGCCAUAGAUAUCUACAAAACCAUCAAGCCCCGCGGCUACGAAUUCACCAACCUCCACUUCUAUAACGACAAAGCCCCACUGGACUCCUAUGAGUUCGGCAACAGCCAAAAAUACGGCUACGAUGCCCUCCGCAUCUACAGGCACGAACUGAUCGACGCCCUCGUCACAGCCGUCAAGGACCGCGGCAUCGCCAUCGAAUACGGCAAGAAGUUCACGGCCGUUACCUCCGAGACCGACACAGGCGUGAUCUGGUCCUUCGAAGACGGCACGACCGGCAACGCAUCCUGCCUCGUCGGCGCCGACGGCAUCCAUUCGCGCGUCCGCAAGUACCUCUACCCGGACCUGGAGCCGCGCUUUACCAAUGCCGUCGGCGUGACAGCCGCCGUGCCUACGGCCCAGCUGGGCGCAGAGCAUGGGUACGAAAUCCCGCUUACGCUUAUGAACGGCAAGCACGGCGCGUUUGUGAUUGCGCCCCAGCUGCGCGAUGGGUCGGAGGUUCUGAUCGGGAAGCAGAAGCGCGCUGCAGAGCUGGACCGGCAGGGGUGGAACGAGUUGCUGUCUAAUAAGCAGUGGUGUGUGGAUUUCCUGCGCGAGGGCGCAGAGGACUUCCCGCAGAUUGUCCGCUCGGCUGUUUCGGAGAUCCCGCUGGACAAGAUUAACCUGUGGCCGUUUUAUGUGGUGCCGAAACUUGAGGCGUGGGCUUCGGCGCGGUCGAGGGUUGUUAUUCUGGGUGAUGCGGCGCAUGCUAUUCCGCCUACGGCCGGGCAGGGCAUUAACCAGGCGUUUGAGGAUGUUUAUACCUAUGCGCUUGUUUUGGCUGAGUGCCAGGGGACAAGUCUUGCGGGUGGCUUGAAGAAAUGGCAGGCUGAAAGGCAGGAUAGGGUUGAUCGAGUUCUGGAGCUCAAUCGGCAGAUCGAUGCGAGGCGAAUGCCGAAGGAUGGGGAUUCUGUGCCUUCGCAGUUGGAUAGCAAGCCAUUUGAUUUGGGUUGGCUUUAUAGCCCGCAGUUUGAAGUUAUGGUGGAGGGCUGGCUAGAAGACCUCUCAACUUGA